AUGUCCCCCAGAAACAGCGCUCCUGAUGGAUCAGAAAUCUUCUCUGAUGAAUCCAGUUUCUACGGCGACGAUAAUGAACAAGCGCGCCUAGAAGAUGAAGUGAAAGCCUACGACCCCGAGCCAUACUGGUCAUAUUAUCACCCCAAACUCCUUGCUCAAAUACAAAAAGAAACACGGGAAGCUGAGGAAGCAUUAAAUUCUACAAGCUCAACCCUCCCCACGGAAGAAGGAAACGAAUCAUCUACCCGUUUAUAUCCUCAUAAGCGCGGCGUCAAUGAAUCCAUCUCUGCCUUUCUCUUCCGCUUACGCCCAUCAAUAGCAUUAGAGUCAGAGUCAGGGCCCUGGAUAUGGGUACGCGGGAAGGCUUCUAAAAGCCUAAGCAAGAGCUUAGAAUCCCGCGAUGAAGCCAGCUUUGUCAAAAAGGGCACGGAACUUCUACGCGAAUUCGAUGAGAAAGAGCAGGAACUUUGUGCUGCACAUGAUAAGUCUGUUGCAAGAAGCACGGCAGGACUAACUCGCAAAUUGAAGCCUCUACGUGGCGAGCUGGAAGUAGGUAUCCUUUCCCUAGCUCGUGAAACGGGCAUCACGGCUGGAAAGUGGAUGCUAUUUCCUUCUGAUGAUAGAGUUGACACAGUAUGGAGAACGCUCGUGCUGGCUCUAGAGAAGGGUGAUGUUUGCGCCGAUGCGAAAGUCUCGACGGAUGAUGGGAAGGGCACUGGGCAGGCUCGCUUGAUUUGCAUUUACACAGAGGAUUUCGCUGACAGAGAGGAUGUGAAGAAGGUGUUGCAGAUGCUGGCUAGGGAAGAGCUUUUUGAUCCGCGUGGGCGUCCGAUAUACUACAAGUCUGAUGCCUUCACAUUGCUUGAAAUCAACUCGAAGAAUAAGUAUCAGCUCAAGGCGAGUAUGUAUUCGAGCAAGGAUUUCCAGGUGUGA